CACGAAUCCUGCCCCGUCUGCAUCCAUGAAAACAGAAGGUAGUUAUCAUUAAGAGGGAGGUUAUUGUCUACAGCAGGUUGAAGGCGAUCGACCCGGGUAAGCAAGGAGAGAAAAUGAAUAACCUUUCGAUUAGUGAGCUUUGUUGCUUGUUUUGUUGCCCUCCAUGCCCGAGUAAGAUUGCCUCCAAGCUUGCUUUUCUACCCCCUGACCCCACCUAUACACUGAUGUCUGAUGAAAGCGGGAGCCGGUGGACCUUGCACCUGUCAGAACGCGCAGAUUGGCAAUACUCUGCCAGGGAAAAAGAAGCAAUUGAAUGCUUCAUGACCAGGACCAGUCGUGGAAACCGGAUAGCUUGUAUGUUUGUUCGCUGCUCACCAAAUGCCAAGUUUACCCUGCUCUUCUCUCAUGGAAAUGCGGUUGACCUAGGACAGAUGAGCAGUUUUUAUAUUGGUCUUGGUUCCCGGAUUAACUGCAAUGUUUUUUCUUAUGACUACUCUGGAUAUGGGGCAAGUUCUGGAAAACCAUCUGAGAAAAACCUCUAUGCAGACAUUGAUGCUGCCUGGCAGUCCCUCAGGACACGAUACGGUAUCCGUCCUGAGCAUGUCAUCAUCUACGGCCAAAGUAUAGGAACUGUGCCCUCUGUGGAUCUGGCUGCACAGUAUGAGAGUGCUGCUGUUGUUCUUCAUUCUCCAUUAACCUCAGGAAUGCGUGUUGCGUUUCCAGAUACAAAAAAGACCUAUUGCUUUGAUGCGUUCCCAAACAUUGACAAAAUAUCUAAGAUUACAUCUCCAGUAUUAAUUAUCCAUGGAACUGAAGAUGAAGUUAUAGACUUUUCACAUGGCCUUGCACUCUAUGAACGGUGCCAGAGACCAGUGGAGCCUCUGUGGGUAGAAGGAGCCGGCCAUAAUGACGUGGAGCUGUAUGGACAGUAUCUUGAGAGAUUGAAACAGUUUGUCUCUCAUGAAUUAAAACAUUUGUAAAAGGACCAUUGGCAUUUCCAUAACUUUGUGAACAUAGCUUUUGUUUUUUUUUUUUUUUGUUUUUGUUUAUUAUUCUUUUCCCUAAUUUCUAGAUUGGCCAAUAAAAUGAUAACCUUUCAGAUGUGUUUUGCAGAUCAUGUUUGCUGCCUUCUAGAAAUGUACAGGGUAUGAUUUGCAAAAUUUAGCAAUGAUUUUUUGGAAUAUCAUGUGGUUUCCCCUGUAACUAAUAUGUUUACUUGGUUAUUUUUCUCAGUUUUUAAUACUUCCAAAUGUAAAUGUCCAUUAUGUAGUAGUACUCCUAUUUGAACUUGCUAUAAUAAUAUUAAUUCAGAAAACUGCUGUGCAAGUGUUGCCAAAUGUUCAGCAAAUGAGAAAUACAUUUAUAUGGAGACCUUUUUUAAAACAUCUCAAAAGCUGUAACUUUUUUAAGUUAAUGUUUACAUUUAUAAAUUUCAUUAAGUAGUACGUUUUGUUGUAUUUCUUAAAACACUUGAGUGCUGGAUUAAUUAACUACUGGGCGUGGGAUUUUUAUUUCAAGCCUUGUUUUGUGCUUUUGCAACAUACAAAGCAUGGUUUGUUAGGAAAUGCAAAUGAAGACUGCUCAGAUGUUUAAAAUUCAAUUGUGAUUGUUAUUAGGUGUGGCUAAUUUAAAAAGCCUUAUUAUGCAGUUUACCUUGUAGAGGUUAAUGAGAAAAUAUCUCCCUUUUGAAUUUGUAAAUAUUUACUAUUUGUACUUUAUAAUAUUUUUAUUUUGCAUUCUUCCUGUGUAUUAUGCAUACAUAAGUGUACAGUUUGUUUUUUGUUUAAAUUGGGUGAAUAGCAAAAAAUGUUAGUUUCUUAAUCUGUGUAGAAAAUUUUAAUUUUUACGUUUGUGUGUGUGCGUGUGUACAGGUAGCCUUACUUGAAGGUGCUUUGCAUUUAAAAGAAAAAAAAAACACUAAUAAAUAGAAAUCUGAAAGAU